AUGACGAGCAUCUCUGACUUGAAGACUGAUGGUAUUGGAGGCCCGCUACAAGUUAGAAUCCUACGGAAAUGGAAACAUGAUGUCCGGCAAUACGAGACUUGGUAUCUUGCUGUCGAUAGAUUUGCAGAUGCCAUACAAAUUCUUGGACAGCGAACAAAUCAGAGCUACAUUGAGUCUGUCCUCCAUGUUUCACAGUGUUACACCAUAUCAGAUUAUAGCUGUCCUCAAUUAGAUAACUAUCAAAAAUUCCUUCAAAAUGAGUUCUAUAUCGAUGUUGGCCUCAAAUCCAUCAUACAACCAAUUCCAGAUACAUUAACAAUACCUAAAACCUGGUUUCGGUUCGUACCAAAAUCACAUCUCAUAGACCUUGGAGAAAGACCACCAUAUUAUCCAGAUUACAUUGGCGUCUUAUCAAAGAUCAGAGACUGUACCAAAGCAGGCGGGGAAUCAUUUGUGUUGCUCAUACUAACCGAUGAAAGUGGUAGUGAACUUGCAAUCAAUCUAUGGAAAGAAUGUAUAACCAAUCCAGACAAAUUCAACUGCGACUCCUUACAUCCUCCACCUGCGACAAUGGUUGUUGUGGUCACGAACCUAAAACCAUCCAUAUACAAUGGAGUAUUACGCUAUGGUUCAUCACAUGCUACGCAUAUCUAUGUGAAUCCGGACAUACCAGAAACAAUAGCACUCAUUAAUCCAUUUACAGGACCUUCAAGACCAGCACCACCACUAUCAGGAACACCGUUAACCCUAUAUGACAUGAAGACAAAAAACAGAUAUGAUCUUCUGGCUUCAAUCAAAGAAUUUCACUAUCAAAAUAACUGGUUCCAACCAAUAUGUCCAAUAUGCAAAGAUCCCAUCUUCAAAAGAGGUGAAAGCUGGUACUGCAGUGCACAUGGACUAAUCGAAAAGCCCACUUACAUGUACAAAUUAACAGUAACCAUCACUGAUGCUACGGACACGAUAUCAGCACUGAUAUCCGAGACAUCAUGUCAGAAACUGUUAAAGUCAUCACUUGAGAACUUUAUAUCCAACAACCCACACAUAAAAAGAAACACCCUACCUCCUAUCAUCACUAACCACAAAGAACAAACAAAAAAGAUGUCGAUCCAAAUGCUUAGAGCAUCAACUCCCGACAAUAUACGCUUCAUAAUAACAGAUAUUGAAGACCCAACAACCAGGGCUCAAACAUCUGUGCCAGCAACACCAGCUCAACCACAAAUGACAAGAAUGCAACCAAGUGACACAAUACCAGAGCCAUCAACACCUGUUCAACAUGUUGCACGUGCUCUCACCUACGAUCCCACAGAAUCUACACCAAGAAAAAAAUGCAAAGCGGACAGCCAAACAGCAGACAUCAUAGACAAGCACCGCAAAAUGCAUCUUUUGUUUGGACCAAUAUCACUAUCUUUUGUAAUAUAA